AGUGUAGACACUAUCUGCCUAACUAAUGAGUGGGUCUGACCCUGUUGAUGAUAGAGCUGACGAAAGGAGACUAACAUGUGCACGGGCACUAAGGGUACCGCACGUGUUCCAGGCCUUACAACCGGGAGACGAAGCACAGCUUCGGGCCGAACGUAGAGCCCGUGCUCUAGCAGCGGGGAUAGCAGCAGCAAACGCAGCAGCUAGAGAGCAGGCAACAACAGCCAGAGCAGCAGCGAUGGCUAACGGCGCAAGCUCCGCUGCGUCAUCAUCUGCGUCCUCGUCAGGGACUAAUGGGGGCCAGUUGGGAAUGCCAACAAGCUCCACAAGUUCCUCAGGCACUUCCGGUUCCACAGGUUCUAGACAGUCUUCUAGUCAAAUGGCGGGCUCGCAAUUCAGCCUGUUGACCCCGCGUCAAGGGGAGCUCAGAGAGAUCCAGCAGGUCGAGAUGCUCCGCCGUAAGUUAGAGCAGGACCUGAAAGAAGCUACCGAUAGAGAAAAUGCGAUGAUAACUAGAGCAGCCAGACUUGAAACUUUAGAGGCUGACAAGGCUGAACUAGAGGGCUUGGAUGAGUCAGCUAUGUCUGACGACAUGAAAGUUUUGAAGAAGAAUAUGUUGUCACUACACGCACACGUGGACAACAAAUUAGACUUCAUGCAGAGCACUCUAGACCAGAUCCUGGAUGCUUUGACAAAGCCAGGAUUCCGGCCACCAGGACAAUCGCCGUUGCCGUUAUCGGCGAUGUCAGGCCCCUUUCCGGUUCAAGCUGGCACACAGCCAAGUGGCACAUCUGCAGCAGCCGCACAGACUGUUGCAUCUUCUUCUUCGGGUCCAGCGGUGGUUGCUACACCACCGCAACAACCUGUUCCUACACAAGGACAACAGCAAGGUCAAUGGUAUCCCAAGACCCCAAUGAAACCGCCUCUUGCCUUCUCAGGCGAGAGGAAGGAUGAGGAACUCAACACAUGGUUGAGGACGGUCCCGGUUUGGGUGAAGGCCAAAAGGACCUUGCCAGAGGAUGAAGUGGUAACUGCGGCAUCUUACCUAGAGGGUAAGGCAACCAAAUGGUUAGAUGGUGUAGUUGUGAAGGCCAAGUAUGGGCGACGCAUGGCGGACUGGGCCAAGUCUUUGACUCUAGACCAGUUCAUGGAGAUGGUAGAGGCUCGAUGGCAUAACCCACAGGAGGCACAAAGGGCCACUGAUGCCAUAAAUAAACUAGACCAGCGCAAGUUCCGGUCAAUUAGAGAGCUUACGACUACCGUUGAGAGCCUGAUCCUCGUUCCGGGCAUCAACUACAGUGACCAGUUCCUGUUAACUACUUUCAUUAGAUGUCUUCUAGAGAAUAUCAGGAACUUACUAGCCAGUGAGGCACGCACCGAGUACCACUCAUUUGAGACAUUGUCUAGGAAGGCUUUAGAUUUGGAGGCCACGCUAGGCAAUGCUCAACCCACUUCAGGAAAUGACUCAAAGAAGAAGAAGAGUCCUCAGGAGUGGAAGAAGAAGGGGGCGAAGUUGAUGAUGGUGGAGUCUGAUGGGACUCAAACAGAGAUCGGCGAGCUCUCUGACCUGGUGGACUACACAGAGUUUGACGGCGAGGAGAUAGCUGAGGGUAGCACCCUCGCCGCAGUAGUAAAGACUAAGGCAGGUGGCCGAGGGAAGGGCCAACCUAGGGGAUUGAGUGUUUCCAUGGAUUUCAUGGACACUCUUGUGACCAGCAAGAGUGGUAAGAGGCACAUUUUCGUCAUCAUUGACCGAUUCACCAAGUACGCUAGACUAAUACCAAUGCCAGAGACAGCCAGAACAGAAUACGUCAUCAAGUUGUUCAAGGACAACUGGGUAAGGGACUUUGGUUUACCAAAGACCAUCAUUAGUGACCGAGACGUCCGAUUCACAAGUGAGCUGUGGAAGAAGACUGCGGAACAGAUGGGCAGUCAACUUCAGAUGACUUCAGGGAAUCAUCCCGAAGCCAACGGACAGGCCGAACAAAUGAAUAGAGUGGUACAACACUUGUUGAGGCAUUACAUCAAGCCCAGCCAUGAUGACUGGGAUGAGCAGUUACCUCUCAUCGCCAGCUUGUACAACAAUGCUAUACAUAGCAGUAUCGGCGUUAGUCCUAACCAGCUGCACUUAGGAUGGAAGCCUAGAUCAACAUUAGACUUCCUCCUACCUGAAAACCGACCCGCUGCAACUCCAGGCACACUUGAAUACGGUGUGCAAUAUGAGAAGUUGCUGCAAGAUGCUGUUGAACAUAUAAAGAAAGCUCAGCAAGCAAUGAUUGCUUCUGAGAAUCAACAUCGCAGACAGUCCACAUUUCAGGUAGGGGAACUUGUUUGGGUUAAGGCUAGUGAGUUAGGACAGGAGUUCGGAAUAUCUCGCAAACUAAUGCCUCAGUACUUUGGUCCCUGGGAAGUCUUGGAUGUGGGAGAUGAGUUGGAUGGUCCCACAUAUGUCAUUCGUGUCCUACCACCUAGCGCUGGCCUGCUUGCUCUUAGCGCAGCACUGCCUUGCACAGCGCAGCACACAUGCAUCCGCGCAGUGUGCCCGUACGGUCUGUACGAGUUUGUGGUGAUGCCUUUCGGCCUUUGCAAUGCGCCUGGCACCUUUCAGCACGCUAUGAAUUGGAUAUUCCAUGACUACUUGGAUAAGUUUGUCAUCGUGUACCUCGAUGACAUACUUAUUUUUAGUAAGACUGUCAAGGAGCAUGUUGCACAUUUGGACAAAGUCCUCAGCCUCUUGCGACAGCACAAGUUCAAGAUCAACGGUGAGAAGUGCGAGUUUGGCCGCACCCGUGUCUUGUACUUGGGUCAUGAGAUAUCCGCGGAAGGGUUAAAGCCCGAUGACGCGAAGGUGGCCAGCAUUCGUGAUUGGCCACGUCCUCAGUCUGUGACCGAGAUGAGAUCUUUCUUAGGAAUGACAGACUACUAUAGGACUUUUGUUAAGAACUAUAGCAUAGUGGCCGCUCCUUUGACUGAUCUGACUUGCCUUGACACCCCAUGGGAGUGGACAGAUGAGUGCGAGGCUGCUUUCAGACAUCUGAAGCAUGCGUUGACGCACUACGAGGUCUUGAAACUUCCUGAUCCUGAUAAGCCGUUUAUAGUCACCACGGAUGCCAGCCAAUAUGGCAUUGGCGCCGUGCUGGCGCAGCAGGAGGGGCCAAAGUUGAGGCCUGUAGAGUACAUGUCCAAGAAAAUGCUGUCUCAAAAGUUGGCUAAGUCCACCUAUGAGAAGGAACUAUAUGCGGUUUACAAGGCUCUGACCCAUUGGAGGCACUAUCUCCUUGGGAGGUUUUUCAUCCUCAGGACUGAUCAUCAGAUUCUGAGAUGGAUGAGAACUCAGUCGGUACUCUCUGACGCUCUCAAGCGUUGGAUCGAAGUCAUUGAGCAGUAUGACUUUGACCCUCAGUAUCUUAAAGGGGAGUGCAACAAGGUUGCUGAUGCCUUGUCGCGUAGACCUGAUACCUCAGGUGCGCUGAUUACUAAGUUAGAUCUGACGGGCAGUGUUACUCAGUCUUUGGUGGAAGCCUAUCACGAGGACCAGUUCAUGUUUGAGAUCAUACACAGACUUGAGGCGAAGGACAAGAAGACUUCUGCCGAGUUUGAGUUGAUCAAUGGCUUGCUGUUUCUUGAGAAGGAAGGGAAUAAACGAUUGUGUGUCCCGAAUAGCGAGUCUUUGAGUAGUUUGUUUUUAGGUGAGUGCCAUGAUGCCACCGACCAUUUUGGGUAUAAGAAGACCGCAACCAAUCUGCUGCAGCGGUUCUGGUGGCCCACGAUGAUGCGAGAUGCUCAGUUGUACGUGGAGACUUGUCAAGUCUGUCAGAGAGACGAGCCACGUACGCAGGCUUCUCUUGGGCUCCUGAAGCCCCUUCCGAUUCCGGAACGGCCUAGUGAGAGUCUGUCCAUGGACUUCAUGGAUACCCUGGUCACCAGCAAGAGUGGGAUGCGACAUAUCUUCAUCACCGUGGAUAGGUUUAGUAAGUAUGCUAGGUUAGUAGCAAUGUCGGAAACAACAAAGAUGGAGUAUGUGAUCAGGAUGUUCAAAGAGAACUGGGUCAGGGACUUCGGUUUACCGAAGUCUAUUAUCAAUGACAGGGAUGUCCGGUUUACCAGCGAGUUGUGGAAGGCCGCUGCUGCAGAGCAGGGAACUCAGUUGCAAAUGACUUCUGGGAAUCACCCAGAGGCCAACGGACAGGCCGAGCAACUGAACCGCGCUGUUCAACACCUGUCGAGGCAUUACAUCAAGCCCAACCAGGUGGACUGGGAUGAGAAGCUUGCUCUCAUCGCCAGUUUGUACAACAACGCUGUACACAACGCCACCGGGGGGGAUCUGAAGGAAGAGGACGACUCGGAGGAAGAUGAGAGGAGGAACUUUCUUCAUCCCAGUCCAGUUCACUUCAAGGAACGUGGCUGCUUUAGGAUUUACACUUCUGAACUGGAGGGAUGGGGGGCGAACGAUCUCGUAGUCGGAUCCUCCUCUGAGUCGGGCUUAACGGUUGCCAAGAAGGGGAACAAUAGCCGAGAACGGCACAACGUAACGGGGGGUAAUAUGUCAGCAAAGGCGAAAGAUCAAAUUGUUCAAUCGUCAAACCUCGUUAUGGGAAGCAUCGUAGACACUAGGUUGAAUCGCCUCAAUGGAACAUCACAUGGUGGUUAUGAGCCCGCCUCAAGGUGUGAGUUGUCAUCCAGGAUCGAGGACGUGUCCUCGACUGGCGACACAACACUUACCAUUCAACGACACAAAGAAGGGGUUCCAAAUGAAGCGAACACCAAGCAUGAGACAGAAGCAACUCCUAAAUUGAGUGGAGAAGUGGCGGAGGCUGCAGAAUUGACAGCCGCCAUAUCAAAGAGUCUCAGAGCAAUCUCACCUCGCUUGUCCACAGAACCACCUGGUGCAAAAGUUCUCGAUUCCAAUGGUGUUAGUGGGAGUUCUGGUACCCAGAGCAUUAUGCGUGGCAGUCCCACAGCUGGGACACACUCUGCGUACAACAGGGAAACAUCAAUGCUGCCACCAGGAUCACUAUCACCAGGGGAAGCUGCCCCUAAGCAGGAUUUAACAUCGCGCCCCCAGGCUGCACGACCAGCAAGAAGGCCUUUGCCAGCAGAGCAUCACCAUGAUCAGGCCUGCAGACUCUGCACUUAUCAUGGGUUACCUGUGGGCGGAGGCCUGAGCUGUCCCAACACAAGUGCUGCAUUACGAGGGUUCACACCAGGACAUCCCUCAGUUUGCAAUGAUAAGGGCGUGAGCUGUCCCCACACAAGUGUUCUGUUAGGAAGGUUCGAACCAGGACAUCCCUCAGUUUGCAAUGAUGAGGGUGUGAGCAGUCCCCUCGCAAGUGCUGCACUAGGAGUGUUCGAACCAGGACAUCCCGCAGGUUGCAAUGAUAAGGGUGUGAGCUGUCCCCACACAGGUGCUGCAUUAGGAGGGUUCGAACCCGGACAUCCCUCAGUUGAUGAUAAGAACGUACAAUAUCACAGUGGCAAGAAACCUUAUCAACCUCAUCACAAUGAUUGCUCAGGUCAUAGCGAGGGACAGAUAGGGGCAAGGACCGAGGUGAGGAGGGGUACUCGGAAAGACAAAGACACAACCUUCAUGGGAAGAAAUGACUCAUCCGAGCCUAGUAACCAAUACGUGUGUGCAAGAUUCCUCCUGGAUCGCUUCAAAGCGGUUUGUGCCGAGUCUGCUGUCGGUACUGAAAGCCUUCCGAGAACAGGGUCAAAAGCUGGAGGGGCAUCGCAGUGCCAGUCACCUCCCGCAGCUGCAAGCUGUAAAGAUGAAACACUCGGUCACAGGCUAUGCUCACCUGAACACUUUCAUCGAGUAGGAGAUGGUCCUAGACACAGCAUAAAGGUUCCAAACUCUACUGUUUGCAGCAUCGAUGGCAACACAAAAAAUAGGGCACCUUUGGGGAUCGGGUCUGACACAUCUUCUGGGUAUGGCUGCUCCCUUGAUGCAAGACUGAAACUGCCACAAGUUUCGAGUCCCAGCUUUCAGUCCAUUCCCACUGCAGUUCCAGUGCCACAAGGUUGUGACUUAGGGAUUGCUAGAGCUGGCAAUUAUCCCAUGCCAGUGCCAACAGCAGACACGAACUUGAUUGCAGGCUGCAGUUUCAGUCCUGUGCGGCCAGCUACAAGCACCCAAGAAGAGUCCGAGCGUUUGUCAGCAAUUGAGCUUCUCCGCGACCUUCCUGAUGAUGUUCGAAACACGCGAGUGACCGAGGAGAUGAAGCGCUUGGCAUUACAGAUAGUUCUUACAUCCCGUAACCAUCGUCCCACCAGGGUAUUAUUUGUACAUGGUGAUACCAGAAAGGGCAACUUCAAGCGAGAAGACAAUCAUAAUUCUGUUUCACAAAAUCCAGCAGCUCACUACACAUGGAUGAAAUCAAGCUUGUACUCGUCGCACGUUUGCAAAGCUGGCGGUGAUAAACAAGCAGAACCUCGCGGUGGCCGAGUUGUGGAAGCACUCUGUCAGCUUGAGACCAACAGGAGGUUCUCCCAGGCUGCUGACCAAGCAGGAGAGAGACUUGGUACUGCGAACGUGACUGAGCUUCCGGGUCAUUCCAUGAGACUGAUUAAUGGUCAAACCACAACAGAUGAAAAAAGUGGCACAAACUUUGGAAAAUGUUGCCGAAAUUCUGCUCAUGCAAACAUAAGAUGCAACUUGAAAGCAAGAGACACCGAAGCUUCAAGUGGUGACUCGACUGCACAUCACCAGGGCAUGGUGCGUGCAGAUUGUUUGCAAUCAUGUUCAGGUGAGAGAUCGCAGCAACCCCAAGGCCUUUCCAAAUCUGGACUUCCAUCUUCUCCUAAAUCUGAACGAUUACCUCCUGCUUCGGAUGAUGGAGGACAACCACAGUCACCUGAACAAGCUGCACAGAAAGGGCCGCUGCUGCUGCCGCAUCGUCUUCGGCUGCAGCACAUGAUUGACGACUUUCUAACACAUUCACAAACAUUCGUUCAUCUUGCACGGAAAGACUGUGAAGGUGUUGUAGGAGCUCGUGGGGGGAUUUUCGUUACAGGCAAUGAAGGAUUCAACCGUCCUCAGGAAAGAUGUCAGAGUUCUCCUAGACACCAUCAUAAUCGCAGUGAGAGAGGGUUUCUGCACCCAUAUGUAGAUUAUCAUGACAAUAUGGACAGCGAUACAAUCUGUUUUCCGUUUCGGGAAGUGCCUUUCAGUGAAUCAGAAAUGUGGGCAGUCAAGGAUUGUUGGGAUAGCCGCAGUGCAUCUCGUAUCACGCACGCGAGCAAAUGGAUGGAAGGUUAUGGUCACGGUACAGCUGAGCAAGAUCGGCAUCAUGUCAAUUGCUGCAGAGCUGAGAGAGAUCAGCAUAGUCUGGAUGAACACUGCUUAGCUAGGAAUGAUGGUGAUAAGGUUGGGAGUGACUGCGGUUCAGGGAAUCGGGGAAGCAUGGCAAGGACGGCGAGACAACCCGAAAAUUGCAAAAGUUGUUUUCAGAGCAAUGGACGGGUGCAAAAGGAGCAGCUGAGUACGAAAGAGUGCGACGACUGUGUCGACACCUCGUCAACUACGAGUCAAAGUCAAAGCCAAAGCAAAAGUCAGAGGCAAAUUCACAGUAAUCCGGAUCACCGAUGCAACGAGUUUCAGGAACUGGAAACCAAAAGAGUGUUCCUUUCACAGUCAGUAGGUUCUCCAGGAGCAAAUCCCAGACUCAGUGAACCUCUUCCUGGAGCAUUUUGCCAUGGCGAAAGGGGGCGACUUGAUGAGCAGUCGCUGUUUUAUCCUCAUCAUGGCAGAAGCGGUGGAGGGGGGUCCAAAGAAGUGCAGAUGCUACACCAGAGCAUUGCCAAGUACAACUGUCGUAAUGCGCACUGGUACAAGCAGAGAAAUGCUGGUCGGGGGGGAAUGAGAGGAAGGCAGCACCGGAGCCAUGGACCAUACAUUGGUAGCCGGCUGCUUUCUGGGCAAGCAAUGGACAUUGAUGUAAAGCGUGAGAGAGGGGCAUGCAUAACACUUGCAGAAGGUAGGUAAGUUCCUUCCAGAGACACCUGUCCAUACCUUGUGUAUCUUGUGGGAACUUAACCAGAUUGUGCUCCAAUU